AUUUGGGUGAUUGGCUGCAAACCCCUACUUCCUGGGAAACUUCAUACUAGGCUUAUUCGACAGAGAACCCCCACCUUUCUCUUCACAUAUACCACGGCUGCCGGUGGCUUUUGACAGAGUCACACUCGGAAAUAAUUAGCGAUUUGGGAUAACACCUUUUAGCAUGCUCUACCUAAACAUCUGGUGGGUGCCCAACCCGACUGGAUUGAUAUAUUCUAGCUAGGAGCUAUGCAGGGAAAAAAAGAAUAUAUUUUAUUGUAAUUGUGUAGGCUAUUUCCAAGUGAUCGCAAAGAGAGUUCGACAUGCCUGGAAUUCCCAUCCAACGCCUGCGAGAGCGGGAAAAGAAAGAUUGGAGCUAUGCAUCAGUCCAUUGGACUCCAGGGGAAUUACGACUGAUAACAGUUUCUGAUGUUUUGGCAGCCCGGGACGCUACCAUUAUUCUCUCGGAAUGGAGGGGUCUAGACUUCAGUAAACCAGGCGAGCGUAUUCCCAAAUAUGCCACCAUCUCACACUCGUGGUCACCGAGCAAAGAAGUCGAAAGACUUAGCGCUGCUGCUAACCGACCACUGAGAAUUGACCUUGGGAACAAUAAACACCACGAAAUUAGUUGGCAGGGACUGGUUGAAGCUGCCAAAGCAGCUCAGCAUCUCCAGUGCGUCUUUCUUUGGUUAGACUUGGUCUGCGUCCAUCAAGAUUCGAGUGAGGAUAAGAAGCUGCAGAUCCAGCAUAUGGGUCAAGUUUACCAGCAUUCUACAGCAGUUAUUGUCAUGCCAGGUGGUGUUUCAGCCGUCCAAGGUCCUGAACAUUACGCGCCAUGGAUAACUCGUGCGUGGACAUUACAAGAAGCUACCCUUUCCCCUUCCAAUGUGUACGUUUUGAUCCGGGCCUCCAAGCGGGAUCCAAAUUACGAUUAUGAAAUGAUAACUACCGGACCACAGUAUGACAUAGACAAUGUGGAUGAUACUAUUGCUUUGUCGAAGCUCCAAAGCCUACUCAGCUGCCGCAAGUCAGGUCUAAAGAUUACCAAGGUGGACAAAGUUACAAAGGAGCGUAUCGACGUCCCAUUUAUCGUCAAGUGCUUCGGAAAUGAUGAACCACUUAUUACAGCUUUGGAAGGAGUGUUAAGCGGUCAUACGGACGCAAUGAAAAAGUCCGCAGCAUGGAGAAGUAUCUGGCUACGGACAUCAACGAAAUCACAAGAUAUGGUGUUCAGUGUCAUGCAUCUCCUCGGUGUGAAUAUCAAGGUCGAUUACCAUCGUACUAGAGACGAACUCAUUCUCGAAUUGGCCAGAAGAACAAAGUCAUUCCCGUCAUGGCUAGAUAUUGGAGAGGACAUUCCAUACAACUCUCGGUUUGGGCUUGUCCCCGACCUACCUAUAUUCCACUCCAAUGACACUCCGUCUUACAAAAUAGGCUGUCAGAUGGUUCCUGCCAACAAAUUUACUGUGACAGGCACAUAUAUUACGGAAUAUGAUAUCAAGAUAAAGACUUCCGUAGAUACCACUUUCGAAGGGGAUCUUAUCUGUGCCCACAUAUUUCUGAUCGAUCAGAAUUCCACGUAUGUAUCAAUCUCCAGCCAUACUGGCGAGAAAUAUGACUUCAGGGAGUUAGAUCAUGUCGCCGGAUCUUAUGUAGUGGUUCUUGGGGAUGCUCAAGUAUAUGGUCUCUCACACCUGGGUUUAUACCAAUUCGCCGGGCCCCAGGUUAUGUUUAUUGGGAAAUCUAAUCAAGGUGAAUGGGAAAGACUCGGGAAACGUACGACUAUCCCGAAAUCAUUCGUGAAUGGUGCUAGAAGAUGGCAUCUUACAAUUGGAGGGCCACCAGGAUCUCAAUUCACGCCUUGUGAUUGUUGAUAUUCCACUUUUAUGCUCAAUGGUUUUAUGGGUGUUGACAAAGUUAU